AUGUCUGGAGACGUGGAAAUUCUAACUACAUUGAAAAUACUAAUCAUUGGAGAAAGCAAUGUUGGAAAAUCUAGUCUCCUUCUCAGGUUUACUGAUGACAAGUUUGACCCCAACCUCCCAUCAACAAUUGGUGUUGAUUUCAAGACAAAAACUUUGAACUUAGAUGGAAAUGCAGUUCGCCUUGCAAUAUGGGACACAGCUGGUAUGGAGAGGUUUCGGACCCUGUCUCCAAGUUACUACCGAGGUGCACAAGGAGCAAUUCUGGUUUAUGAUGUUACAUCAAGAAACACUUUCUCCCGUCUGGAAGCAUGGCUUAAUGAGCUGGAGACAUAUUCCACGAGGACAGAUGUUGUCAAAAUGCUUGUUGGCAACAAAAUUGAUAAGGUUCCUGCAGCUCGCACUCCCAGCAAUUUUUUAUUCUAG